AGAGGGAAAUGGUGACUAGUUUGCGCAGUCAGAUAGAAGGGGCUGAGAGACUCGCUGAGGAGCUGAGACAGGAGAAUGAACACUUGAGACGACAGAGAGAGAAGGAGGAGGAGGAGAGAAUCCAGCUGGAGAGAGAGAGACAGAAACGCAUGGAGACAGAGAUGCUAGAGACCACUCAGCUGUGCGAGAGAGAGACUCGUACCCGUCUGGAGAUGCACAGCCUGCAGGGAGCACUAGAGAGAGAGAAGCUGGACAGAGCACGAGCUGAGCAAGAGGCCGCCGACACUAAAGAUUCCUUACUCAAG